GCAAUCCAACUGGUUAUCUUAUGAAUCACGUGAAUCAAGCGAAGAAAAGGAAUGUAAAGAGAUGUAAUGCUGAUACCCGUUUUCAUUCAGAGUAUUUCACACAAAACUGUAACAGUCUAUCUUCGUCUCUCAAUGACUCAACAAUGAACAAAUCUUAUAUGUUUAUCGCUCACAAAGAAUAUGCAGCUCAAAAGCCAGAAAAUGUCCCCAUCGUUCUACUCCAUGGUGUAACGAAUGCAAAAGAAACAUGGGAUGAUUGCGCGCAGGAAAUCGCCAACAGGACGGCCUCACAGGUCUUCUGUCUGGAUGCCAGGAACCAUGGAGACAGUGAAUGGACGGAGACAAUAGGUUACGAUAGUAUGGCCGAGGAUGUUGUCAAUUUCAUGAAUUCGCGAUCCAUUCCUAGAAUCACCAUUGUUGGACACAGUAUGGGCGGAAAGACGGGAAUGGCUUUUGCAUUCAAAUAUCCUGAAAGACUGGAGUCGCUGAUUAUUGAGGAUAUAUCGGCACGCAGUCCAUCGAGCAGUAGAACAGGGAUCAGUUACUACAUGAAACAAAAAAGAGAUGUGUUGAUGAAAAUCCCUCCUCAUGCAGAACUGGCAGAAGCCAAGAAAUUUGCUGCUUCCUAUCUAUCGGGAGGAGAAGCUGCUGCAAAGAGAAAACUGCAAGUAAACACCAUUGCGCCGAAAAUAUGGGAGGGAAGAGAUCUCCCACUGAGGAUGACUCCAAGCGGAGAUUUCGAGUGGAAGACAAAUCUAAAUGUCAUAGUGAACUCUAUGGAAAGUGGAAAAUGGUCACCUGUCAGCUCUGAUGGCCUUUAUGAGGGUCCAGUUUUUCUUAUCUACGGUACUAAAUCUCCAUUUAAAGU